AAAACCAAAAUCCAUCUCCUCUUAAACCCACAAGGAUGGGGAAAAUGGGGACCUCUCUAGUUUUCAGUCUUCUAGUGGCAUUAGUCGCUUUUGCCUCGCAAACCUCCGCAAACUACCCUUACUCCUCUCCUCCACCACCUGCUUCUCCUCCUUACCACUACAAGUCACCACCGCCGCCUCCGCCACCAGUGCACUACGCACCACCCCAUCAUCCUUACUAUCCUCCCAAGUCACCGCCUAAGCCUCCGGUGUACUCUCCACCAAAGCAUCCUCAUUACCCACCAAAGUCACCACCCUCACCCACACCACCGGUGUACUCGCCGCCUAAGCAUCCCCAUUACCCACCAAAGUCACCACCUAAGCCUCCGGUGUACUCUCCUCCUAAGCACCCACAUUACCCUCCCAAGUCACCUCCCAAGCCUCCGGUGUACCCGCCACCAAAGACACCUGUCUACCACUACAAAUCUCCACCACCUCCGUCACCACCACCACCAAAGGUGCCAUACCACUACAAGUCUCCUCCUCCUCCAUCACCACCACCACCUAAGGUGCCUUACCACUACAAGUCUCCUCCUCCUCCAUCACCGCCACCACCGAAGGUCCCUUACCAUUACAAGUCUCCUCCACCACCCCCACCACACAAGAAGCCCUACCAUCCACACCACUCACCACCACCACCAAAGAAGCCAUACCACUACAAGUCUCCACCACCUCCACCACCACCGAAGAAGCCUUACCACUACAAGUCUCCACCACCCCCGCCACCACACAAGAAGCCCUACCACCCACAUCACUCACCACCACCACCAAAGAAGCCAUACCACUACAAGUCUCCUCCACCACCAACGCCAGUCUACUCACCACCUCACCACCCCUACUACCCCCCCAAGUCACCACCUAAGACACCGGUCUACUCACCACCCAAGCACCCUCAUUACCCUCCCAAGUCACCACCCUCACCAACACCACCAGUGUACUCACCACCCAAGCAUCCUCACUACCCUCCCAAGUCACCACCCUCUCCAACACCACCCAAGUACUCACCACCCAAGCACCCCCAUUACCCUCCUAAGCCACCACCAUCCCCAACACCACCAGUGUACUCACCACCUAAGCACCCCCACUACCCUCCCAAGUCACCGCCUUACCACUACAAGUCUCCACCACCGCCUUCUCCUCCUCCUCCAGUCUACUCUCCACCCCACAUUCCAUACCACUACAAGUCACCACCACCACCACCACCACCACCAACGAAGCCUUACAAGCCUCCUACUCCUCCCGUUCACACUCCACCGGCUUACAUCUACUCCUCACCUCCUCCUCCUCACCACUACUAGAUAAUGAGCUCACUUGCCUCCUGGUAACGGUGAAGAAGAAGACCAAGAAGAAAUAAAGAAGGGGACGUCCAAGGAAGAAAGGAAACCUCAUCAAUCAUGCACACACGAGCAAGAUCGAGCAGAAAAGCUAGCGAGUCUCCGCGUGUGUGAUGUGAAUGUUUUUAGUUUUUAUUAUUCCUAAAUUAGGAGGAAGUUUCAUCAUCAAUCUCUCAAUUUCCAUGUAUUCGACAGUUGUAGUGCACUUCCCAUAAUCUUCGAUUAAUUACAUAUAUGUUGUAUCUAUGUCGUUUGUUUGUUUCACCCUUUCUUCCCAAUGGAUGAGAUCACGUACGUGAAUAAUAAACAUAAAUUUCAAUACC